AUGGGGUAUCAGCCUCCGCUCUUCCCAGAGCAAGAAGUUGAGGUCAACAUACCUUCAGCCCAGAUGUUCGUAAAAGAGAAGAGCUUGGGCUGCUCUUCUCAAGACCACUUCCAGGCCCAUCCCUUCCCCCCGUGUCAUCGAUGGCCAGCCAGCGUAUACGGMGAGACGCCUCCUGAGGGURCGACCACAGGCAGGGGUUUCCAGUACCUGGUUGACUGGGAGGGUUAUGGCCCGGGUGAGAGUUGCUGGGUUCCUGCUAAAGACAUCCUGGACCUGGCCCUCGURGCCGAUUUUCACCGCCGACACCCCGGUCAGCCAGGUAUGCGCCCAGGGGCGCCACUGGAAGUCGGCGAUGAGGGCUGGGUCCAGGAUGUCUAUAGCGGAGACCAUGUCGGAGACCAUGUCCACCCGGAGUCCGUGAAUCCGGGAGAUGUGCAGCAUCAUAAGCUUGGCCAAGGGCCAGGAAACUACGCCAGGAUGGACCAUGAGCGAAUGGGAGACCGGGGAAUGGGGGGCAUUCACCAUCGAUAUGAGGAGGAGGACCAGCAGAACAUCUACAUCGGUGUCCCGGUGCCUCGUGGGUACAGACGGAAGCGCCGGCGAAGACGUUCUGCAGGGGGCCAUGAGGCGGGGAACAUGGAGAGGGGGGACAGUCACUAUGACCAGCACAAACAACAUGACCACGAGCAUGAUGACAGGGACAGAUACAGAGACAUAGACAUCGAGGAGGGACUCGUGGACCCACACGACAUCCAAGUCCCUCAAGACAUCAACCGCACAGUGUCCCCUGCGGCAGAGCGUCUCCGCUAUAUCCUGGGAGAGGACGAUGACAUGCCCAACCCCACCCUCUUCACUGAGAUGGACACGCUGCAGCAGGACGGAGACGAGCUGGAGUGGAAAGAGUCUGCUAGGUGGGUGAAGUUUGAGGAGAAGGUGGAGGACGGAGGAGAGAGGUGGAGCAAGCCCCAUGUGUCCACCCUGUCCCUGCACAGUCUGUUUGAGCUCAGGACCUGUCUACAGACCGGCACUGUGGUGCUGGAUCUGGAGGGAUACUCACUGCCUCAGAUAGUUGAUGAAAUCAUUGAGCGGCAGAUAGACGAGGGCAUGUUGUCUCCUGACCUGAGAGAGAAGAUCAGCUUUGUCCUCCUGAGGAAGCACAGGCACCAGACCAAAAAGCCCAUCCACCGCUCUCUGGCUGACAUGGGCAAGGCCAGCGGUGGUGGUGCCCGUGAGUUCUCCUCCCAAAUAAAUGCUUCACAGAGUUCAAGUCAUGCCCAUAGUAGGAGUAUGAAUGACAUUGCAGACACUCUGAGCACAGACCAGCUAAGGAAUAAGUUCAUGAAAAAGAUCCCUAGAGAUGCUGAGGCAUCAAAUGUGCUAGUGGGUGAGGUGGACUUCCUGGAUAAACCCUUUGUAGCCUUUGUCCGCCUGGCACAGGCCACCACUCUGGGAGGACUUACAGAGGUUCCUGUGCCCACCAGAUUCCUGUUUAUUCUGUUGGGGCCCACAGGAAAAGCCAAGUCCUAUAAUCAGAUCGGCCGAGCCAUAGCUACCCUAAUGGUGGAUGACCUCUUUAGUGAUGUGGCGUACAAGGCUAGAGAUCGAGAGGAUCUGAUUGCAGGUAUAGAUGAGUUCUUGGAUGAGGUGAUCGUGCUGCCGCCUGGCGAGUGGGACCCCAAAAUCCGUAUCGAGCCACCUAAGAAGGUGCCCACGGCUGACAAGAGGAAGUCAGUGUACUCUCUGAAUGAGCUGGGUCAGCCGAACGGUACGGCGGGAGGAAAUGGAGGCCACGCUGAGGAUGAGGAGAUGCCAGUGGCUCACGAACUGGGAGAGGAGCUGGCACACACUGGGAGGUUCUGUGGAGGUCUGUUCCUGGACAUCAAGAGAAAGCUGCCCUGGUUUCCUAGUGACUUCUACGAAGGCUUCCACAUCCAGUCCAUCUCUGCAGUUCUCUUCAUCUACCUGGGCUGCAUAACCAAUGCCAUCACCUUCGGAGGCCUGCUGGGGGAUGCCACAGACAACUAUCAGGGUGUGAUGGAGAGUUUCCUGGGCACAGCGUUGUCAGGAACAGUGUUCUGUAUGUUUAGUGGUCAGCCCCUCAUCAUCCUUAGCUCCACUGGACCCAUCCUCAUCUUCGAGAAACUGCUCUUCGAAUUCAGCAAGAACAAUGGUAUAGACUACAUGGAACUGCGUCUGUGGAUCGGGAUCCACUCCUGUAUCCAGUGCUUCCUCCUGGUCGCCACGGACGCCAGCUACAUCAUCAAGUACAUGACCCGCUURACAGAGGAGGGCUUCUCCAGCCUCAUCUCCUUCAUCUUCAUCUCUGACGCCAUCAAGAAGAUGAUGGGCUCCUUCAAGUACUAUCCCAUCAACACCGACUUCAAGCCAGACUACGUCACUGCCUACAAGUGCGAGUGCCUGGCCCCAGACCCCAUGGCUUCAAUGAUCUUCAAUGGUUUAGUGCCAGUGCCAACUGAUAACACCUCUAGUCUCUUUGGAUUGAACAUCACAGACCUGGACUGGAGCCAGCUCAGUAAGAAGGAGUGUGUGAAGUAUGGAGGCUCUCUGGUGGGCAACACCUGUAAGUACGUCCCUGACCUGGCCCUCAUGUCCUUCAUCCUGUUCUUCGGGACCUACUCCAUGACCGUCUCCCUCAAGAAGUUCAAGUUUAGCCGCUACUUUCCUACCAAGRUGCGGAAGCUCAUCAGUGACUUCUCCAUCUUCAUGGCCAUUAUGACCUUUGUGGGUCUGGACAGGCUAAUCGGGCUCAAAACCCCCAAGCUCAUUGUUCCCACAGAGUUUAAGCCCACACGUCCAGACCGGGGUUGGAUAGUGCUGCCGUUUGGGAAGAACCCAUGGUGGGUGUAUUUGGCCAGCUUCGUCCCUGCUCUCCUGGUCACCAUCCUCAUCUUCAUGGACCAGCAGAUCAGUGCUGUCAUUGUCAACCGGAAGGAGAACAAACUGAGGAAAGGGUGUGGCUACCACCUGGACCUGUUCUGGGUUGGGGUGCUGAUGGCUGUCUGCUCCUUCUUGGGCCUGCCCUGGUAUGUGGCUGCCACUGUCAUCUCCAUCGCACACAUCGACUCGCUGAAGAUGGAAAGUGAGUCCAGCGCUCCUGGAGAGCAGCCCCAGUUCCUUGGUGUCAGGGAGCAGAGACUGACGGGGAUUCUGGUGUUUGUUCUCACUGGAGUCUCCAUCUUCCUGGCUCCCGUUCUACAGUUCAUACCCAUGCCAGUACUUUACGGUGUGUUUCUCUACAUGGGCAUGGCAUCUCUUAGCGGCAUUCAGUUCUGGGAGAGGAUCAAGUUGUACAUGAUGCCGUCCAAGUACCAGCCUGACUUCCCUUUCCUGCGUCACGUGCCUCUGAGGAGGGUCCACCUCUUCACCCUGGUCCAGAUAAUCUGUCUGGCUGUCCUUUGGGUUCUCAAGUCCACCGUUCUGGCCAUCCUCUUCCCUGUCAUGAUCCUGGGGUUGCUGGUGGUGCGUAAGAUGCUGGACAUGGUGUUCUCUCAACACGACCUGGCCUGGAUCGAUGACAUCCUGCCUGGGAAAGACAAGAAGAAGGAUAAGAAGAAGAAGGGCGAUAAAGAUGACACGAAGAAGAAAGACAAGAAGAAAGGGAGAGCAGGCGACAGCAAAGACAAGGAGAAGUACCACGCUUACUCCAACUGCUCGCCCAGCUCUGAGUCUGACCUGGACCGCAGCAUCACCCUGCAUCUGAAGAUCUCCUGUCCCUCGUCCCCGACGGUCCCUAUGGCCCAUGGCCGUGGCAUGGCCUUCCCCGUGCCCCAGGUGAAGAUCGAGAUGGAGUCGGACUAGGACACGGACACUGAUCACCCCCGCCACAGGGACUUGGUCAGCGAAACAACGCUUUAGGCGAUUGACAGACAGAGUUGUCACCUGUAGGCACUGACUGCUGUGUGACAGAGCACAGGCAAACGUGGGUCCACUGCGGACACUGUACAGUACAUAGACGUAAAAUGCUGACCCACUUACACACCAAGACUCUUCUAGAAUGCCUGCAGAGGACAGUACAAGGUGGCGUGGACUAACAGCUGACAGCAUAUGACACCUAACAUAAAUAAAUGAACUGGGAAUACAACAUGCACAUGGAGCAGUACAUUUCACAUAGCUGUCAAUUUCAAUGUGUCCAAAAUCCCAGCAACAGUUUCUGCUUUUAAACUAGGAGGCCCUUUGCUGAACUGUCAUGGAUAUCUCUGUUGAGAACAUGUUGACUGUAUAAUUUUCAGGAUAUGCAUAAGUUUAGAAACACAAUGGAGGGAUAUAGGAGAAAGGGGAGUGAAGGAUCUUGUCUGUGCUGUAUAUGAGAGUAUUUUGUGUCAAGAUAUUUAUUUAGAUU